ACGAACCUUUCUCAUGCGAAGACCUAGUCUCGAGAGUCGUCAAAUCUGACUUCACCACCUUCGUGAGGUUGAAUUUGUUGCGACUUGCGUUUCAAAGUCCCAAACCCUCUCAGAGAGCGCAUCUUCCGUUCACCAACCCUGCGAUCAUCCCUACAGAGGACGUGGUCAUCUCAAUACCCAUUCUUCGAUGUGGUGUAUCGGUCCCGUUUCAUCCUUUCGUCGCAGCCAUUCUCAGACGUUAUGACGUAUCGCCUUUUCAGCUAACACCCAACAGUUAUCGCACUGUUCUAGCAUUCUAUGCGAUGUACAUGGAGUACGCCCAUAGGGCUCCGUCAGUAGAGGAGUUUAGUUACUUCUAUGACAUAAAGAGCGUGGGUCUUCAUAAUGGCUUCUUUUGCUUUAGUAAAUGGGCGACUUCUGAAAUAAACGGUGUUGAGGGGAUGGUCUCGAACAUGGGCGACUGGAAGUCGAAAUGGUUUUAUGUUUUUAAGGUUCCUGGGAUCAGGACCGACUUUAAUCGCAGACCCAGUAUGUCGCAUAUUUGUUGACUUAGAUAAAAUCUGUUACUUUGUUUUUCGAGAUCUUUUGCUAACUCGUUUUUUUGUUGUCAUCGCAGAUAGACCAGCUCGACCAACGCUUGACGCGAAUAAGAAGGGGGUAGCUGAAAUUCUUGGGAGUCUUCCGGUACAAGAUCGCGACUGGCGAUUACUGUGUACGACUGCCAAAUUGCGAGAACACAAACUGAUCCCUGAGAACGCGAGUCUUCAACGGGAGCCAGUAUAUAAAGAACCAUCUGAGAAACAGCAGGAGCGGAUAGAUAAACGUCUUUCUAAGCAAACUCCUCGACAAACUUCAGACAUGACUUUCUUGAAGUCUGCCCCUGUCCUGAAGAUCAAGCAAAAGGGUGGAACACCGGCGACUUCGCCGGUCGUUGCCCAGAAGAGGAAGAGCGAUGUGAUGACUUCGCUUGCUGCAGAUUCCUCCAAGAAGUUGGCUAAGACUACUCAGGACAAGGGGAAGAAAGUCGUCAUCGACUCUCCUGUUCGUGCUCGCGACUUUCUGGCCAUGCAGGAAAAAUUACUGGCUGAGAUUCCUUACGAGGAUCUUGCUUCUCGAUCUACUGAACUGGCCGUGCAAUCCAUGGCUUUGUUCAUGAAAGCCGCGCUGAAGCAAGAGGUGGCGAGGAUGGAGGAGCUCAACAAGGCCAAGGAGAAGGAGCUCGAGGAAGUCAGCAGGGCAAAAGAACAGGUGGAGCUCGAGCUCAAGAAGUCGCAGACAACGAUCGUUGAGAUGACUCGCGACUUGGAGGCUGAGAAAGAGAGUGGGAAAAAACAGUACGAUCAGGCUGUGUCUGAUUACAUCUAUACCACUCUCUCCAAAGUCCCUGACUUCGACUUCUCGCUGCUUGGAGCUGAAGCUGCUGAAAUGGCUGAAGCCUUUCGCGCCAUGUCUCCUACCCAGACUCAAGGUGGGGGAGGCGACCUUCCGGACGAAAUCGAAGGAGUACAGGCUGAAGAGGUCGAGAAUGAGGUCGUCAGCAAGAUUGCGGACGAGGCUGCUCCUGAUGAGACUACUCCCGUUGCUCCAGACGCUUGA